CGCCCCCAUGGCGGCCGCCGCCCACCCCACCGUCUUCCUCCUCGUGGUCAGCGGGCAGAUCGAGAGCGCCGAGUUCCCGGAGUUUGACGACCUCUACUGCAAAUACUGCUUCGUGUACGGCCAUGACUGGGCCCCCACCACGGGUCUGGAAGAAGGGAUCUCGCAGAUCACCUCCAAGAACAGGAGCUCUCGGCAAGAGCUGGUGUGGAAUUUCCCUAUCGACAUCACCUUCAAAAGCACCAACCCUUUUGGCUGGCCCCAGAUAGUCUUAAGCGUGUAUGGCCCUGAUUUUUUCGGCAAUGACGUAGUUCGAGGCUAUGGAGCAGUCCACCUGCCUUUCACACCGGGAAGCCAUAAAAGAACCAUCCCAAUGUUCGUCCCGGAAUCGACGUCCAAACUGCAGAAGUUUACAAGCUGGCUCAUGGGACGACGGCCAGAGUUCACCGACCCCAAAGUGGUGGCGCGGGGCGAGGGCCGGGAAGUGACCCGGGUGCGGUCCCAGGGCUUCGUGACCCUCUCGUUCAACGUGGUGACCAAGGACAUGAAGAAGCUGGGCUACGACGUGAGCCCGGCCGGAAUGCCCAACCUCGCCAUGGGAGACGGCCUCCACAGAUUUUAAAGCAGAGGGCGC